AUGCUUCUUGUACCGAGAGAGGUUAGUCAGUCACUCGACAAGCUCACAAUCUCCCACCUCGGCUUCCUCGCCCAGCGGCGUCUCGCCCGCGGCUUGAAGCUGAACCACUCUGAGGCUGUAGCGCUCAUCUCGUCCAACAUCCAGGAGCUGAUCCGCGACGGGAACCAUGUCGUCUCUGACCUCAUGUCCCUCGGGUCGACGAUGCUAGGUCGACGGCACGUCCUGCCGAGUGUGCUGUCGACGCUGCAUGAGAUACAGAUCGAGGGGACGUUUCCUAGCGGUACUUACCUCGUCACGGUGCACAACCCCAUCUCCUCUGAUGAUGGUAACCUCGACAGGGCGUUGUAUGGGAGUUUUCUGCCUGUGCCGAGCAAUGAUGCGUUUCCGGCGCCACCGGCAGAGGAAUAUGCGCCUGAAGCCCAGCCCGGAGCGGUGGUUUGCGUCAAGGAUGCCGUGGUGAGGCUGAAUGAAGGGAGGAGGAGGAUCAAGCUCCAGGUGACGAGCAAGGGGGAUAGGCCGGUGCAGGUCGGGUCUCAUUAUCACUUUGUGGAAGUCAACCCCGAGUUGGAAUUUGAUCGGAUUGCGGCGGUAGGGUACAGGUUGGAUAUCGCUGCCGGGACGUCUGUUCGGUUUGAGCCGGGGGACAAAAAGACUGUCACGCUGGUUGAGAUUGGGGGGCAUAAGGUUAUUAGAGGGGGGAACAGAAUCGCGAACGGGGUGGUGGAGGAGACGAGGAAGAAUCCUGACGAGAUUGUCAAACGGCUGUUGGAUAUGGGCUUUGCUCACACGCCGCAGAAGGAUAUUGUUGAGUUUAUGGAGGGGUUUACGAUGGAUAGGCGGGCGUAUAAUACCAUGUUUGGGCCGACAACCGGAGAUCUUGUGAGGCUGGGGGCGACGGAUCUGUGGAUCAAGGUUGAGAGGGAUUAUACGGUUUAUGGGGAGGAGUGUAAGUUUGGUGGUGGCAAGACGCUUCGUGAGGGGAUGGGGCAGGCGACCGGGCGGUCGGAUAGGGAUACGCUUGAUCUGGUGGUGACGAAUGCAUUGGUUGUGGACUGGACGGGGAUUUACAAGGCGGACAUUGGGGUUAAGGAGGGGUUUAUUGUCGGGAUUGGCAAGGCAGGGAAUCCGGAUGUGAUGGAUGGGGUGACGGAGGGGAUGGUGGUGGGGAGCUGUACGGAUGUUAUUGCUGGUGAGGGCAAGAUUAUCACUGCGGGUGGGAUUGAUACGCAUAUUCACUUCAUCUGCCCUCAACAGGCGGAGGAAGCUCUGGCCUCUGGAGUCACUACUUUCCUUGGUGGUGGUACAGGUCCCAGCGCCGGCACCAACGCAACAACCUGCACCCCCGGCGCGCACUACAUGAAACAAAUGCUCCAGGCAACCGACUCCCUCCCCAUCAACAUCGGCAUCACAGGCAAAGGCAACGACUCGGACCCCCUCGCAAUCAGAGAACAAAUCGCCGCCGGCGCCUGCGGCCUCAAACUCCACGAAGACUGGGGGACCACCCCGGCCGCCAUCGACACUUGUCUUUCCGUCUGCGACGAAAUGGACGUCCAGUGCAUGAUCCACACCGACACCCUCAACGAAGCCGGCUUCGUCGAAACCGCCGUCGCCGCCUUUGCCAACCGCACAAUCCACACCUACCACACCGAAGGCGCCGGCGGGGGCCACGCCCCAGACAUCAUCUCUGUGGUCGAACACCCCAACGUGCUACCCUCCUCCACGAACCCAACCCGCCCCUUCACCCUCAACACCCUGGACGAACACCUCGACAUGUUGAUGGUCUGCCACCACCUAAGCAAAAACAUCCCCGAAGACGUCGCGUUUGCCGAGUCCCGCAUCAGAGCCGAGACCAUCGCCGCAGAGGAUGUCCUUCACGACCUCGGCGCGAUCAGCAUGAUGUCCUCCGACUCCCAAGCCAUGGGCCGUUGCGGGGAGGUCAUUCUCAGAACGUGGAACACCGCCCACAAGAAUAAACUCCAACGCGGCCCGUUGCCCGAAGAUGCCCCCACCGGCUGCGACAAUGUCAGGGUUAAACGAUAUGUGUCAAAGUAUACCAUCAACCCCGCCAUCGCCCAAGGCUUCUCCCACCUGAUCGGGAGCAUCGAAGUCGGCAAACUAGCCGAUUUUGUCGUCUGGGAUCCGGCCUGGUUUGGGACGAAGCCGAGCUUGGUGGUGAAAUCGGGCUUGAUUGCGGUGGCCAUGAUGGGGGAUCCGAAUGCCAGCAUACCGACCAUUCAGCCGGUGGUUGCGAGGCAGAUGUUUGCUAGGGAUUUGCCCGGUGCGAGUGUGGUUUUUGUGAGCAAGGAGAGUGUUGAGAACGGGAAUAUAAAGAGUUAUGGGCUGAGGAAGAGGGUGAGCGCGGUGAGGGGGUGUAGGGGGAUUGGGAAGAGGGAUAUGAAGUGGAAUGAUAAGAUGCCGAGGAUGAGGGUUGAUCCGGAGAGGUAUGUGGUUGAGGCGGACGGGAAGAGGUGUGAGGCGGAGCCGAGUGAGAAACUGCCGUUGACGCAGGGGUAUUUUGUUUAUUAA